AUGCGAAUCAAUGAACCGAGCCCGACUAUACACCAAUCUCUCGAGUACUUGAGGAACUAUUCUCCCGACAUCACGCUUUCAGCAACGAUCAUACUCACAUUCUUCUCUCAACUAGAUCAAGGAACCACUCAAGAGCUAGACAAGGUCAAGAUUCUCAACUUGAAACUCUUUCCACCGAUUCCGACCAUGUCAACCACAAAAGAAGACCAACCUCUCCCCACUCCCCCCUUCCACAUCGUCCCCAACAUCAACAACCUUCGAGACGCCGCCCUCUUCCCCCUAACCACCCCCUCCGGCUCAAUCCGCCCCAAAAUCCUCUUCCGCUCCGCCGACGUCUCCAAACUCCCCCUCAGCGGCUGGCAAGCCCUCCAUUCCCUGGGUAUCACCCAUGUCUUCGACCUACGCAGCGCGCCCGAAGUCGGAUUCCGCGACUCGGACACCUCCAAGCCAGAAUGGGUCAGCGCCAUGACCUCCGUCGGCAUCAAGCGCACGUGGUGCCCCGUCUUCACUGAAGCAGACUACUCCCCCGAGGGCCUCGCCAAGCGCUACGUCAAGUACAUGGACGAAGACGUGGCGGGCUUUGUAUCCGCGUACCACGACAUCCUUCUCGACGGCGGCGCAGCAUACACCACUAUCCUGCGCCACCUAAUUGAUCAUCCCGGCGAGGGAGUGUUGAUUCACUGCACGGCGGGCAAAGACCGCACGGGCAUCUUCUUCGGCUUGCUAUUCGCCUACCUGGGCGUGGACAGCCAAGUCAUUGCUGAGGAGUACAACCUGACGGAACUCGGGCUGACGCAUGUGCGCGAAGAAGUCGUCGCGAGACUGUUGCAGUCCCCGGCGUUUAAGAAUUACAUCGCGACCAAGGCGACCGGAAAGCAGCUUAGCGCCGAGGAGAUUGGGAAGUUGAUUGCGGACGACAAGGCGGGGAAGCAGAGUGGUGUCGAGGAGACAUUGGAUCCGGAGGCGAGGAAGCAGGGCAGGGAGGCUGCGCUGAGGAUGGUGGGGGCGAAGAAGGAGACGAUGGUUAAGGCGUUGGAGAUGCUGGAGAGGGAUUUUGGGGGCGCGGAGAAGUAUCUGCGCGAGAAGUGUGGUCUGGGAGAUGGGGAUUUGGAGAAGUUGAGGAGGAAUUUGGUGGUGCGUGAGGAGGCGUGA